GGUCUCCAUUUUGAGUGGCAGCAGAGGUGGAGCUCUGACAUGUUCAUUAGGGGCCGAGCUGGGAAGGCACCUCCGGGCCAGCGGCGGCGCUCCAACCGCCGCGGGCAGCGGCCGGCAGUCGUAGCCCCGCCUCCGGCCUUGGGCUCCACCUCCCGGCCUCACUUCCGCCGGGAGGCCAUUUGUAGACGUCGCGGCCGUAAAUCAGGCCCGCGGUUUGCCGCAUCACGAAAGAUGGCUGCGGCGGCUGCGGCGGCGGUGAACGGGGCGCACUGCGUUUCGAGCUCUGGGCCCGCGGCCACCUCCGGCGCUGUCCUGCAGACCGCGGCGGGCAUGUACGAGCAGCUCAAGGACGAGUGGAACCGGAAGAGCCCGAACCUUAGCAAAUGCGGAGAAGAGCUGGGCCGCCUGAAGCUGGUUCUGCUGGAGCUCAAUUUCCUGCCCACCACAGGGACCAAACUGACCAAGCAGCAGCUCAUCCUGGCCCGUGACAUACUGGAGAUCGGGGCCCAGUGGAGCAUCCUAUGCAAGGACAUCCCCUCCUUCGAGCGCUACAUGGCUCAACUCAAAUGCUACUACUUUGAUUAUAAGGAACAGCUCCCCGAGUCCGCCUAUAUGCAUCAGCUCCUGGGCCUCAACCUCCUCUUCCUGCUCUCCCAGAACCGCGUGGCUGAGUUCCACACAGAAUUAGAGCGGCUGCCUGCCAAGGACAUCCAGACCAAUGUUUAUAUCAAGCACCCUGUGUCCCUUGAGCAAUACCUGAUGGAAGGCAGCUACAACAAGGUGUUCCUGGCCAAGGGGAACAUCCCUGCUGAGAGCUAUACCUUCUUCAUCGACAUCCUGCUGGAUACUAUCAGGGAUGAGAUCGCAGGAUGCAUUGAGAAGGCCUACGAGAAAAUCCUUUUUGCAGAGGCCACCCGGAUCCUCUUCUUCAACACACCCAAAAAGAUGACAGAAUAUGCCAAGAAGCGAGGUUGGGUCCUAGGCCCCAACAACUACUACAGCUUUGCCAGCCAGCAGCAGAAGCCAGAAGACACCACCAUCCCUUCCACUGAGCUGGCCAAACAGGUCAUCGAGUAUGCCCGGCAGCUGGAGAUGAUUGUCUGAGCCUUGGCGGGGUGGGCAGGCUUGGCUAUCCAACAAACCCAGUUUAGGCUGGCCUCCAAUAAAGAUGGAUUAUAACUUCUUA